AUGAUGAUGGUGAUGAUCUGUAGUGGCAAACCCCUCAGUGGCUGUGCUUUAGAGACUGCUCAACCCUCUUCCGACCCCACCUCACCGCCAGCCAUGCCCGCAGCAACUUUCCCAGACUCGGCCACAUCGACUGCCGAAGACGCCUGGAAAUUCUUCGAAGAGAAUGGAGUGAUCGUAGUAGAAGAUGCGGAGAUCGGAGCGCUUGUGUUUGAGCUCGACCAGAUCCAACAUAUUGCCAAUGAUGAGGCCGCCUAUGAGCAAAUUCGUCAAAAAGUACACGCAUCAGCGAUCCUCCACAUCUUUUCAGCAUACGAGGAGAAGCCCGAUCAGUCAGAGACAUUUGCGAAACUCAGGGAGCCACACUUCUACUCGUUCACACGCAACCCCACGGACGGUAUGAUAUUUCAUGCUGUGAGCAAAGGCUCUUUCUGGAAGAUUCGGGUCGCGUCCCACAAAGGCAAACCUGUUGGCUGGGCCGACAGCGCAGGAGUAGUGCACUACCAUCGUAGGGAUUUCGUAGGGCAGGAAAUGGACGUAGUUUUGCCCGACGGCGGAGUGUAA